AUGAAGGUGGGGGUGAGGAUGGAGGUGAGGGUGAGGGUGGAGGUGAGGAUGGAGGUGAGGAUGGUGGUCAGGGUGAAUGUGGGGGUGAGGGUGAGGGUGGAGGUGAGGGUGAGGGUGGAGGUGAGGAUGGAGGUGAGGGUGAAGGUGGGGGUGAGGGUGAAGGUGAGGGUGAAGGUGAGGGUGAAGGUGGGGGUGAAGGUGGGGGUGAAGGUGAGGGUGGGGGUGAAGGUGGGGGUGAGGGUGGAGGUGAGGAUGGUGGUCAGGGUGAAUGUGGGGGUGAGGGUGAGGGUGGAGGUGAGGGUGAGGGUGGAGGUGAGGAUGGAGGUGAGGGUGAAGGUGGGGGUGAGGGUGAAGGUGAGGGUGAAGGUGAGGGUGAAGGUGAGGGUGAAGGUGAGGGUGAAGGUGGGGGUGAAGGUGGGGGUGAAGGUGAGGGUGGGGGUGAAGGUGAGGGUGAAGGUGAAGGUGUGGGUGAAGGUGAGGGUGAAGGUGAAGGUGUGGGUGAAGGUGAGGGUGAAGGUGAAGGUGUGGGUGAAGGUGAGGGUGAAGGUGUGGGUGAAGGUGAGGGUGAAGGUGAAGGUGUGGGUGAAGGUGAGGGUGAAGGUGAAGGUGUGGGUGAAGGUGAGGGUGAAGGUGAAGGUGUGGGUGAAGGUGAGGGUGAAGGUGAAGGUGUGGGUGAAGGUGAGGGUGAAGGUGAAGGUGAGGGUGAAGGUGAAGGUGUGGGUGAAGGUGAGGGUGAAGGUGAAGUCUGAAGUAAAAUAUCUCCAGGAAAUUUACCGCAGACGUCAAGUGGAAGGAUGGCCCAGUCAUCACACAAUGUUUUUACAGAGUCCCUUCUCAACUUGCCUCAAUUAA